AUGCCCAGUACACGGCCCACACGUCCAGCACAAGGCCCACACGUCCAGCACAAGGCCCACACGUCCAGCACAAGGCCCACACGUCCAGCACAAGGCCCACACGUCCAGCACAAGGCCCACACGUCCAGCACAAGGCCCACACGUCCAGCACAAGGCCCACACGCCCAGUACACGGCCCCACACGUCCAGCACAAGGCCCACACGUUCAGCACAAGGCCCACACGUCCAGUACACGGCCCCACACGUCCAGCACAAGGCCCACACGUCCAGCACAAGGCCCACACGUCCAGCACAAGGCCCACACGUCCAGCACAAGGCCCACACGUCCAGCACAAGGCCCACACGCCCAAUACACGGCCCCACACGUCCAGUACAAGGCCCACAUGUCCAGCACAAGGCCCACACGUCCAGCACAAGGCCCACACGCCCAAUACACGGCCCCACACGUCCAGCACAAGGCCCACACGUCCAGCACAAGGCCAAAUCAAGUGUCUGAACCCAAACACGAGUGGACACGAGCCUCGGUGGACACGAGCCACGGUGGACACGAGCCACGGUGGACACGAGCCUCGGUGGACACGAGCCUCGGUGGACACGAGCCUCGGUGGACACGAGCCUCGGUGGACACGAGCCUCGGUGGACACGAGCCACGGUGGACACGAGCCACGGUGGACACGAGCCACGGUGGACACGAGCCUCGGUGGACACGAGCCACGGUGGACACGAGCCACGGUGGACACGAGCCACGGUGGACACGAGCCACGGUGGACACGAGCCACGGUGGACACGAGCCACGGUGGACACGAGCCACGGUGGACACGAGCCACGGUGGACACGAGCCACGGUGGACACGAGCCACGGUGGACACGAGCCACGGUGGACACGAGCCUCGGUGGACACGAGCCUCGGUGGACACGAGCCACGGUGGACACGAGCCUCGGUGGACACGAGCCUCGGUGGACACGAGCCACGGUGGACACGAGCCACGGUGGACACGAGCCUCAGUGGACACGAGCCUCGGUGGACACGAGCCACGGUGGACACGAGCCACGGUGGACACGAGCCACGGUGGACACGAGCCUCAGUGGACACGAGCCUCAGUGGACACGAGCCUCAGUGGACACGAGCCUCAGUGGACACGAGCCUCAGUGGACACGAGCCUCAGUGGACACGAGCCUCAGUGGACACGAGCCUCAGUGGACACGAGCCUCAGUGGACACGAGCCUCAGUGGACACGAGCGUCAGUGGACACGAGCCUCAGUGGACACGAGCGUCAGUGGACACGAGCCACAGUGGACACAUGCAGUGUCCACCACAGAACGAGCAGAGCGAUCCGUAGGCCUCUAA